GCGGGGCCGGGGCAGACGGGCGGGAGCGGCGGGAGAGGCCGGUGGGGGCUCGCCCGGCUGGGCCCGCAGGGCAACUCAGGUAGUACGUGGAUCCAAACGGUGACGGUUCUUCUGAGGCCUGGAAGUUAUUUCUAGUUGGAAGAAAAAGUAACGUUGGCUCAAAAUGAGUGCCAUGUUGGAAACCCCUGAGCUGCCAGCAGUGUUUGAUGGGGUGAAGCUGGCUGCAGUUGCUGCUGUGCUGUAUGUUAUUGUUCGCUGCUUGAAUUUAAAAAGCCCAACUGCCCCUCCUGAACUCAUCUACCAGGACUCUGCUUUGGCCCGCUUUCUGCUCAAAUCCUGCCCACUUUUGACCAAAGAGUACAUUCCACCCCUGAUCUGGGGAAAGAGUGGACAUAUCCAGACUGCCCUUUAUGGAAAAAUGGGGAGAGUGAGAUCACCACAUCCGUAUGGACUCCGCAAGUACCUGACGAUGCCAGAUGGAGCAACAGCCACCUUUGAUCUCUUUGAGCCACAGUCUGAGCACUGCACUGGAGAUGAUGUCACGAUGGUGAUCUGCCCUGGGAUUGCCAACCACAGUGAAAAGCAGUAUAUCCGCACUUUUGUUGACUAUGCUCAAAAAAAUGGGUACAGGUGUGCUGUCCUGAACCACUUGGGAGCCUUACCAAACAUUGAGCUCACUUCUCCACGGAUGUUCACAUAUGGUUGCACCUGGGAAUUUGGUGCCAUGGUUAAUUACAUCAAGAAGACCUACCCUCAGACCCAGCUGGUUGUUGUGGGCUUCAGCCUGGGUGGAAACAUCGUGUGCAAAUAUGUGGGAGAGAGCCAGGCCAACCAGGAGCGAGUGUUGUGCUGUGUCAGCGUGUGCCAGGGGUACAGUGCACUGAGGGCACAGGAAACCUUCAUGCAGUGGGAUCACUGUAGAAGAUUUUACAACUUCCUCAUGGCAGACAACAUGAAGAAGAUCAUCCUUUCUCACAGGCAAGUUCUUUUUGGAGAUAACAACCUGAAGAAGCCACAGAGCCUGUUAGAUGCAGAUCUGAGCAAACUCUAUACAGCAACAUCCCUUAUGCAGAUUGAUGAUAACAUCAUGAGGAAGUUCCAUGGCUACAGUUCCCUGAAGGAAUACUAUGAAAAAGAAAGCUGCCUGCAGUAUCUGCACAAGAUCCAUGUUCCUCUUCUGUUGGUUAAUGCUGCUGAUGACCCUCUUGUGCAUGAGAGUCUUCUAUCAAUUCCAAGAGCUCUUUCAGAGAAACGGGAAAACGUCAUGUAUGUGCUGCCCCUUCAUGGAGGCCAUCUGGGAUUUUUUGAGGGGUCUGUACUAUUCCCAGAACCUCUUACCUGGAUGGAUAAGCUUGUGGUGCAGUAUACCAAUGCCAUCUGCCAGUGGGAGAAGACAAAGUCUCACUGCUCAGACACAGAGCAGGCUGUAUCUGGCCAGGAGUAAACAACCCAAAGACUCUGGAUCACUUCAGUAUAUUUCUCCCUUUGGGAACAUCUUGUUUGUUCCCACACCUGCUGCUUCAGGUUUCCAUUUUCCUCGAUAUCCUAUGGCUGGGGUUUGAUCACAAUGUUUUCUUCCACAGUGGAGUUAAAGCAGAGGGCAAUGUCUGAUCAGAGCAUCUUUGUACUUAUAGUCACUUGGCUUUGGAAUGUACUGCUCUGCUUGAAGAGUUAGGUUUCUGACUGCAACUCGUUACAGGGUUAUUGAGCUAAAGACAGCUUGCUUUAAUAUAGUAGAAGUUUCAAAUGUCAAAUCCUUUCACCUGCUGGUCAAAACCUUGAUCUGCAGCAUUUGUUUAGGUGUAGAUGACUAACUGUAACUGUUCUCCUCUGGCCUGGUGGAAAAACCCGGGCCACAAGCCAGUGAGUAGUUCAGUCUAAAGGCAUUAAAAUGUCACUUGGAAAAACAGAUGCUCAACUGCCAGUGGAGUUGCAGCCUUCUUGAGGGAGCUUUUUGCUUCCUAGGAAUGCACUUACAUGAGUCAAUCAAUUUAAAAAUAGUUCCAUGCUUCAGCUGUCUGUGGAUUGGGUGUCUUUAUGCUGGGACUCAGAAAAGCUGCAGGCUGGCAAUACCAGUUAAUGCUUCUGUGAGAACAUAUUAUCUUGCACCAGGACUAGAUCAGUCACUUUCUUGUCAUCUUUGCCCCUUUUUAAAUGUAGUCAUCUUUCUAGUACUUUUUUUUUGGACCCAGGGCUUUUUAAAGCUGGCUCUAGCAUCCAAAUGGAAACUAAUUAUUGAGAAUCUGCAGGAUCUUUCUGUGAUCAAAAAUUGUUUUUAAGAGUAUUUCAUAGAAUUAUGUACUCUGUUAAUGAUUCACUUGUUGAAGAGGAGGGUAUCUAUUUAGAUGUACUCCCCUUAAAUCAGGAUAAAUCAUACCAAAAUUCUUCCCUUAGAAAUGGCUUUCAGACACAAGACUUGCCUUACAGUUGAUGGGGAACUGGAUGACUCUAGUGCAACUAAAAUGGUAUCUUUGCCUGGCUAACUAUUUCCACAUGUAUGUAAUGCUGUAGAAUUACUAGCUCUUGUAAGAUACUGGGCUCUUCCUCACUUGAAUUCCUUUUCCAUACCCAGGCAUCCUCUUCUAGUUUUAAUGUGUGAAGUGUGAAAGCUUUUGGCAGGAAAGAUGCCUACACACACGUGCUUUUCCCUUAAGUGACUGUUAUGAUCUGUGCUAAUACUCUAUCUAUCCCCUGGAAGGAAAGUUGUCCCAUGUCAAUCUGGAGACUGAAAUUUUGUGAUCAAAAUCUUUUGUUGUUGUUUUUUUUACUGUUUGUUAUGUUAAUAUUAUAGUCUCAUUAAUCCAUCCUUAGGACUUCUUUAUCACAGUGUCAGUUAAGUUCUUUUCCUGUGACACUUCCCACAUCAACUAGCACUUUAUUGCUUCAGCCUUGGUCUGUGUUUCAGGCACUUUAGUUUAUAGCUUAAGGGUGAAACAAGCUUCAAGACUUCAGUCUGAUGUAGGGGAACAAGCCUUCUGGAUUGCCCUGUCCCUCAACUUCAGUAGGUUGGAAAGGUGGGUUUUUGUUUUAAUAAAGCAAUAAUUAACUAUUGUAGCAAAGGUGUAUUAUCAUAUCAGGAAAUUUCUUUCAUUUGCCUUAGGCCAGACACCUUGGCCUGUUAGAAUGAGCUGUGGGCAUCUGCACGUUCUUCUGGUUAGUAAGUCCAGGUUUCCUUUUUUCAUCAAAUAAAAGAUGCGACUGAGAAAAGCUAUAGCAAGACUUGGCCAUGCUUCUGGCUGUUCCUUAAGAACUAUUUUAGGGCAUUAGUUAGCAAGGAUAUUCUUAGCUGAUGGAUAUCUUGUCUGGAUCUUUUCCUCUUAUUCAUACUGCAUCUAUAUAGCACUAAAAUCUGUCAUAAAAGACAUUUCAGAUUUUUGCUUAAGUAGCUGUUCAUAUAAUCACUGGAAAUUACUUAAAUAUUUUCUUGUGUCAACAGAAGUGGAGUGUAAACACCACUUGUAUACAUUGAAAAUACAGUAAAAAUUUAGGUGUGUAGGGGAAUGUUUAUCUCCAGUGGGUUACAAUUUUAGAAGUGUUUCACCUUUCAUAGUGUACUACAGCUGUAGCUUGCACAGGUCAUAAAGGAACAACAUUGCCUUUCCCAUGCUUCAUGUCUUUCCUCAAUCCAGCUUUACUGUGCUGAGUAUCAACUUCAGACAGCUCUAGAGCAACAGAAGACAUCCUUGCUACUGAUACCCUUGUUGAGGUGAAGAGCCCAUCUUUUGAUCCAACAUGUGAACUUCUGUCCAAGGUUGGUCAAUGUGCAUCUGACCUCCUUUGAGAGAAAAAUAUCUGCCUUCCUCAACUCGAGAGCCUUAUCAAAAGCAGAGGUGCUCUGCCCAGCUCCCCAGGCAGCUGAAGCUCUGCCUUCCUUCCCAGGACCCAGACUGGCAGAUGAGUUUGGUUGUUGACUGGCCCACAACAUGAAAGUCAGGAGGGUGAGAACUGGCGUGGUACUGUCUGGAAAGGUUAAUGAUGAGGCAAAGUAAGUGAUUUGCCUCUGGUCGGGUCAAGCCAGUCCCUAUGAAGGUGGAAUUUUGUCCUGGGAAGCUUAACACGAGGUUGUUGAAGUGUGUGCACUUUGAGAUCAUUGCAGUAUAGUUUGAUAAUGCAGUUCAAGAUUAAAGCAUGAUGAUUCAAUGUCAUGCACUCUGUUUAGUUUCAAACCAGGAUUAGAGCAUCCGCAGAGCUCUUCCCCAGGUAGUCUCAUGUGGUAUCCAUGCCUUGUUCCUGAAAGUAAGUAGAACUUGGACAUAAACCUGAAAGACUCUCUCAAUCAGAUGGCAAGUUGUAGCACUGUUUGGAUGGUUAGGCUGGUCCAACCAUCAGCUUUGUCAGUGUGUGGAGAGAUCUGAAGAUUGUAGGUAUGCAGCUGGGACUUGCUCUUACUGAACACAAGGAACUUGCAGCUUCCACUACAUCAGAUCUGCCAGCAUUUUUAAUGGUCAUUAGCUUUUAAGCUGAAGGAGUUUUCAGAUGGGUCUGGGAAUGUUGUUGCACUGUAAAGACAGAAACUUGAACUUCCCUGCAGUCUUUCUCCUGAGUGCUUUUCUGCAGUUCUUGUUUAUCAAGAUAGAGGUUACAAAGACAUUACAUUAAGCAAAGAUGUUGGGAACUAUUAGCUGCAGCACUGCAUUUAGCCAAGCUACCUGUGUGUCAUCUGUCCUGGGUCUGUCACAAGUUCCUAGACCCCAGCCCUUUGACACGUGGUGCCUUGCCCCUUUUCUCCUCCUCCCUUGACAUCAGCAUAUCUAGAGACUUCAGUAACAGCUCUGUCAGAGCUCUUGGGGCUUUGCAUUUUAGGAAAUGACUUCUCAGACACUCACUAGGUAGUGAGACACCCUUGGCAAUGUUCACUGUACAAGUGUACUGACUGAAAAGAUCUUUGUGGGCAGCCUGCAACUGGCUACAGUCUUAUUUCUAGGCUUAAAACAACAAUGUAUAUAAGCCCUGGAUCACUUUCACCUCUCUGCUUCUUUAGCAGUAGGGAUUGAGUAAUAGAGGGAGGGUUUGUUUUGCUGAAUGUCACUUAUAAUCCCAAAGUUCUUGUCUGUUAACUCCAGCUGGAGGUAGAUUGUCUAAGGGACUGGAUCUCAAAAGAAAGAGCAGAGUAGCAACUUCAGGAUUUAAUUGCCAAACAGUUUAGUCACUGGGAUUGCCUCCAAGUUUUUCUAGAAAAAUAUUUUGCCUGUCCAGAGUGUAUUGGAAUUCUUCACAGCCUUUUUCCAGGAGACCAGAAAAGGUCCUAGCCUUGAGUUGCAUGUAUAAGUAUUUGUUGUGAAAGGCAUCUUGCUUCUGGCUUGAGUCACGCUCCAUGUAUCCUUACUUCUUUGAUGGACCUGUUGGUUGGGUUGGUCCUGGAGCCACAGUGACUCAAAGCAGUGUCUCCUUCAUAGCUUUGAAGUGACAAGCAAAGAGCUGCUCUUGAUGUGAGGACUUUUGAGUUUUGUCAAAGCUUGGAAUGCCUCAGAACACCAGCCAAAGGAAGGGGUGCCUUGUAACUGUACCCCUUUUAUUGCUGAGGUUGUCUACUACUGUAGUCUGGACUUUCUCAACUGUUGGGGCAUCUUGGGCAUAAGUGCUAUCCAUGAGUCAAAGCAGUUGCCAGCUUUCCAUGCUGUGGUGGGAAGGUUUCUAGGGCUGCAUUUUGAACAUCUGUGUCCUUGAUUUUGCUGGUUAAUCAAUGGAUGCAACCAUUGGAAUCCAGGGCAGCAUUUAUCAGGUGUGGUCUGCUGGUAUUGAACAGCCUUUUCCAAGUCUAUCUGAUAACACUCCAAAAGCUCCAGCUCCACAUUCCAUGUGGAUAGUCUGUGUCUUUCCUUCUCACUUAAUGGCCUUGCCUAGUGCAGGUGGUUUUAGUGCCCUGUCCCACAAGGUGGCUCUACACAAAGCCUUCUUGCUUCUGACUGAUAAGCUCACAUCUGUCUCUGGUCAUGCAAGAGCUUUGCUUGGAUACAGAACUUCCUUCUGGGGUGUCCACUAUAGUUCUACUAGGAUGUUGACCCUUCUUAUAGUUCCUACCAACUGGGAUGUCUUUUUUUUUUAAAGUCAAAAUCCACCUGUAUUUGAUACAACCAAACCCUACUGCUUAGCCCAACUCAGCAGCUUUCCAAAGGAGCAUAUUUUCUCAUUUUGCUGCUUGACAGCUUGCCCAUAAUUUAGUUAUUAGAGCUGCUUCUUGAGAAAAUACAGCCUCUUCAGAAGGAGGAACCCUUUCUCUGACAAUCCCAAGCUGGAGAAGUGCAUGGAGAGCUUGAGAAGAACAGACCUGUACCCUUCUUGUGCCCAUACAGGUGUGUUAGAACAGACUGAGUGACUUCUGAUGUUAAUAGUGAUCAGCUUACCAUGAAAAUAUUUUCAAAUAGGCAAAACCAUAAUCUGGAACCAUCUCUAAAUGCUGCCCUGAAAAAGCUUGUGUACUGAGACACCCUCCCUGCUGCCAUGUUCUGAGUCAGAUUCUUUAGAGGUGACAGCUGCAGGGGGAGGUGAUUUGCAACUAGCAAUGCAAUUUUUCUAUAUCUGCUGAUGUUUACCUUUAAAAUAUAUAUAAAUACAUAUAAUUGUCUGAUUUUUUCUUUAAUUUUUUCUUGUGUGGUGUAAAAUGGAGGUCAUUGCAAAACAAAAUGUAAUUUUGUUAUCUUUGAUUCAGUGGGAUUUCUUUAUUUAAAAAUAAAGGACUUAUUGAAGUCAGUGCUA